CUGCCAACCGUGACGUGCGAUCACGAGAUAGCCGUCAUCUUCCUUAUCAUCAGCUGAUACGAGACAUCUUUGCGUUCAGACGCCCGUGCCUAUUGUCAAGGAGUGCAUAUCAUAAGAACGGGUGUGCCAUAGAAACGUAGCAAGAUGGGGGCGAUGUUCAGGAGUGAGGAGAUGGCCUUGUGUCAGCUCUUUAUACAGCCAGAGGCGGCUUAUACCUCAGUCUCUGAGCUGGGAGAAGCCGGUUCUGUGCAGUUCAGAGAUUUAAAUCCAGAUGUGAACGCUUUCCAACGCAAAUUCGUGAACGAGGUUCGACGAUGCGACGAAAUGGAACGCAAACUCCGCUACAUCGAGGCGGAGGUCCAUAAAGAUGGAGUGCACGUGCCUCAAGUAAAGGAGCCGCCACGUGCUCCUAAUCCCAGAGAAAUUAUCGACCUUGAGGCGCAUUUAGAGAAAACUGAGAAUGAAAUCCUGGAGCUGUCACACAAUGCUGUGAAUCUGAAACAGAACUAUUUGGAACUUACUGAACUGCGACAUGUACUAGAGAAGACGGAGGCUUUCUUCCUAGCACAAGAAGAAAUCGGCAUGGAUUCAUUGACCAAGUCGCUGAUCUCCGACGAAGCUGGUCAGCAGCAAGCUACCCGCGGUCGUCUUGGGUUUGUAGCGGGCGUAGUACAAAGGGAACGCGUGCCUGCCUUCGAGCGUAUGCUCUGGCGUAUAUCGCGAGGCAACGUGUUCUUGCGACGUACCGAUCUCGACAAACCACUCGAAGAUCCUGCUACCGGCAAUGAGAUAUACAAGACGGUAUUCGUAGCGUUCUUCCAAGGUGAACAGCUAAAGUCUCGCAUAAAGAAAGUGUGUGCUGGAUUUCAUGCAUCCCUGUACCCAUGCCCGCCAUCCAACUCUGAACGUCAAGAUAUGGUCAAAGGUGUCCGUACCAGACUCGAAGAUCUUAACAUGGUGUUGAAUCAAACCCGCGACCACCGCCAGCGAGUUUUAGUGAGUGUUGCCAAAGAGUUAGCCAGUUGGUCGAUCAUGGUGCGCAAGAUGAAGGCUAUUUACCACACGCUCAACUUAUUCAACAUGGACGUCACUAAAAAAUGCCUUAUCGGAGAAUGUUGGGUACCCACUGCUGACCUGCCCAACGUGCAAAAGGCUUUGGUUGAUGGAUCUAAUGCGUGCGGCAGUUCUAUUCCAUCGUUCCUGAACUGCAUCGAAACAGACGAGGAACCGCCAACGUUCAACCGCACCAACAAAUUCACUCACGGCUUCCAGAACCUCAUCGAUGCAUAUGGAGUCGCCUCCUAUCGAGAAUGCAACCCUGCUCUAUACACGAUCAUCACGUUCCCGUUCUUGUUCGCGGUAAUGUUCGGUGAUUUAGGACACGGCAUGAUUAUGGCUCUAUUCGGCGGUUGGAUGGUCGUCAAAGAAGUUUCCCUCGCAGCUAAAAAGUCUAACAACGAAAUCUGGAACAUUUUCUUCGCCGGUCGCUAUAUCAUAUUACUCAUGGGCUGUUUCUCUAUGUACACUGGAUUAGUGUACAACGACAUAUUCUCAAAAUCUAUGAACAUAUUUGGCUCAACGUGGUUCGUGCCCUACGAUAACGCUACUUUAACAAGCAAUGCAGCAAUGACAUUGGACCCUAAGGAUGCGUUUAUUAACGUUCCGUAUUUCAUCGGCAUCGAUCCUAUUUGGCAGACGGCCGACAACAAAAUCAUUUUCUUGAACUCCUACAAAAUGAAACUAUCUAUUAUUUUCGGUGUCAUCCAUAUGAUUUUCGGUGUUUGCAUGAGCGUCGUCAAUUACAAUUUCUUCAAACGUCGCUACUCCAUCUUCCUGGAAUUCAUCCCACAAAUAGUGUUUCUCUGCCUGCUCUUCUUGUACAUGGUGUUCAUGAUGUUCUACAAGUGGGUCGCCUAUAGCGUUUUUUCUGAAGAGGAAGCAUUCACACAAGGCUGUGCGCCGUCCGUGCUGAUAUUGUUCAUUAACAUGAUGCUGUACUCCAGCACUACGCCAGAGGGUGGCUGCAAGGAGUUUAUGUUCGAAUCCCAAGGCACUAUACAGACAGUGUUCUUACUGAUUGCUCUUUGCUGCAUCCCUAUUAUGUUACUGGGCAAACCAUUAUAUCUGCUGUCAGCUUCCAAGAAAAGUAAACAUCCGGAAAACUCAAACGGCAAUGUUAACCAAGGUAUAGAGAUGCAAGAUCAAACUGAUAUAAGUGAAGUGGAACAGAAACCUCAGGCUGCCGCCAGCCAUUCGCAUGAGGACGAACCGUUCAGCGAGAUCAUGAUACAUCAGGCCAUACACACUAUCGAAUAUGUACUCAGUACGAUAUCCCAUACAGCCUCCUACUUACGACUGUGGGCGUUGUCACUAGCUCAUGCCGGUAACUAUUUUUAGAACACUUAUAAUUUAAAAAAAUACUCAUAUAUUAAAUAGCGGAUUUAUAGUUUCGAAAUUCCAUAGAAAUGGUAACAUACGAUAUUGAAUACUCUUAAUAUAUAAAGAAAAAUCCUCUGUGGAGAUUCAUAGAUGUAUGGAAAAUUUUAAAUGACCUAUAGCGCGAAAUCAGCUCACACUUAGCCGAUGUUUCAUAUCAUCAUCAUCAGCCCUUUAUUUCGUCCCCACUGCAGGGGCUCAGGCCUUCCUUAUGGAUGGUUAAGGAGCAUGGGCCAUGAACCUCCACGCAGGCCCAAUGCGGAUUGGCGGGUAUUAACGACUACAAAGCAGCCGACACCAACGGCUUAACGUGCGUUCCGAAGCACGGAGUAGCGCGAGGUAAUAAUUUUUUGGUCACCCAUCCCGUGACCGACCCUUGCGAAAGUCACUUAAUGACAACGAUCGCGUGCCGCGGCGCAUAUCCACUAUGCCACCGAGCUACUCACAUGCCAAUCAUAAAUUUACUGUACCUGCAUAAAAUUUUAUACAUAGUAUAAAACAAAAUCGCUUCCUGCUGCCUGUACGAGUAUAAAACAAAAUCGCUUCCUGCUGCCUGUACGCUUAUUCUUCUUUUUUAAACUACACUACAGAUUUUCAUCAAUAUACAGAAUUAUUUAAAAGCAAAGUUUACAUGUAUAGCACAGGACCAUGCGGAUGAAACCACUAGUAGAAAGCUAGUUUUAAUAUAAUUUUGUUUAUCUGCAGAGUUAUCCGAAGUAUUAUGGAACAUGGUACUAAAGUUCGGUCUCCAAGACCAUGGAUACGUGGGUGCUGUGAAACUGUACGUGGCAUUCUGUUUCUGGGCACUAUUCACGCUCGCUAUCCUCGUCAUGAUGGAGGGACUCUCCGCCUUCCUGCAUACCUUACGUUUGCACUGGGUGGAGUUCAUGAGUAAGUUCUAUUCUGGUCUGGGAUACAUCUUCCAGCCGUUCUGCUUCAAGACCAUCCUCGAACAAGAGGAUAGAGAUGAUUAAAUUAAUGUAACACGACGUGAAAAUGUAGUGUAGUUAAACAGUAUUGAAUUAUAAUAUUGAUUGCGUCAAUCGCAAACGUCACAAAUAAGUUGAAAUAAAGUAUUUAUGCAUGUUAUAUUAUGUUACUUUUUUUUUCAAACCACUACAGCAGGCC